AUGUCAAGAUCAACUUCUCCAUCAAAUAAUGUUAUACCAUCACCUAAAUUAUCAAUAUCCUCGAAAGAAAAUGGUAUUACAUUAACAUCACAUGAUGGAAAAUGUACAAUUAAGGGAUUAUUUGCUCGGCAAAUUCCACGUUGUGAUCCUUUAACACAAGUUGUCGUUUGUAAACGUUUAGCAAAAGUACCCAUGUUAUUUCUUGCAAAACGUCGACAAAUGCGUAAAAUUGAAAUUGAAAAUAGUAAUGAUACAUAUACAGAAGACAAUGCUGGUUUAAUGGCGACAUUAACUUCAACAGAAACAUUUGACUUUGAACGUGAAGCUGAAACAUUUGAUGAAUAUACAACAAAAUUAGAAGAAGCAUUGACAAUAUUAAAAAAUAUGAAACGUGAAGAAUAUGAAAGUGAAACAGCACUUAAAGUUCUACGAUUUCUUGAAAAUCUUAUUCAUCAACCUAAAGAAUGGAUUUCUGGAGCAAAAUUAAAAUUAUCUGAAAUGAAAUUUCCAGAAAUGGCAAUGACAUUAAUGCAUAGUUACAAAGAAAAAGGUUAUCUAGUUCGACGAAUUGUUUUUGUUCAUAGUAUCUUACUUUAUAAUUCAAUGAGUAAUUUUACCGAUCAUGAAUUUGAUAGAGAAGGACUUAUUAGAAUGCAAGCAGCUGAUGCUGGUUAUAUUGAAUUUGCAUGUGAAAUUCUUAAAGAUUCAUCUUAUCUUGAAUCAUUAAAAAAAUGUUACGUUAUUGAUAAUCCAGAGGAAAUAAUAAUAAAUGAUGAUUUUCAUAAUUAUCAGAAAAUUUUGUAUAUUUGCGAUUCAGCUCUUACAAUACUUUAUAAUAUGGCAAAUUUACCUGAAUUAAAAAUUCAUUUUCGUGAGUGCAAUGCAACUAGUGUAAUAGCCGAAUAUACAAAAUUAUCGUCUGAUACAGUUGUUAUUCAACCAUCCGAUGCAAGUACAAAUGAAGAUUAUAUAACGAGUAUAAAAGAAUUACAAGAUAUUGUUAGUGCAAUACGUGUAACAUCAUGUUUGUUACUUCCAUUAAUAAUAAAUGAAGAUGAGGAUAAUUUAUUAGCAGCCAAUACAUCAGAUGUUCUUCCUUUAUUAUCUGAAAUGAUUCAAAUGUAUAAUCAAAAUAAUCAAAGAUUUUAUGGUUUUUCAUUUAUUGAAUUAGUUGAUGGUUUAUCAAAAUUAAUGGUUCGUGGUCGAACACAUAAAUAUAUUGAUCAAAAUCUUGUAAAUAUUUUAUUACAUAUUCUUGAAAAUACAACUGAAGAUGUUGCUUUACUUGAAUCUGUAUCAAAUGCAAUAUUAAAUGCAUCAUUCGAUGAAAAAGUUCAAACAUUUCUUGAUUCGGAUCGUGCUAUUGAAAUAAUAACAACAACACGAGAUAAUUGUCAAAGUCAACUUGUUCAAAAAAAUUGUGAAGCUAUUCUUUGGACAAUUAAUCGCAUUCCUCAUAGACGUAUUCCAACAAUAAAUGAUCAUACACGUGGAUUAAAAGGUCAUGUUAUGAUUUCAUACAAUCGAUCAGUAACAGCAAUGUGUUUAAAAAUUCGAGAUCGUUUAAAAGCUUUAAACUAUAGUGUAUGGCUUGAUGUUGAUAAUAUAAAUGGAGGAGUUUUAGAAGCUAUGGCUGAUGCUGUGGAACAUUCAUCGAUUGUAUUGAUUUGUAUGAAUGAACAAUAUAAACAGAGUUAUUAUUGUCGACUUGAAGCAGAAUAUGCAACAGAAUUAAGAAAACCAUGUAUUCCUUGUUUAAUGCAACCACGAUUUCGACCAUAUGGAUGGCUUGGAAUUAUCAAAGGAGCAAAAAUUCAUGUUGAUUUUGCUACAUUACCUUUUGAAGAAGCAUUUGCUUUAUUAAUUCGUGAAGUUGAAACUAUCAAAGGAAAUAGUACAUCAAUGACUAAUGAUAAAUUAGUUCAUCGUCCACAUGGUGUAGGAUUUUCUACUAUUGAUACUAUAAAUAAUAAUCGUAAUGACUCGAAACAAAAUCAUACAAUAAUCCCAUCUCGUGAAUUACCAAAUAGUAUUGCCGAUUGGGAUACAAUAGCAGUUAAACAAUGGCUUGAAUCAGUUGGUUUAACACAUUUGGAACGUGCUUUUACGAAUAUUGAUGGUAAAUUACUUUGGCGUUUAUAUCAAAUGAAACAAUUCGCUGCUGAUUCUUAUUAUAAAUUUCUUGACAAAUAUUUUGAUCGUAUACAAAUAGCACAUAUGAGUGAUACAUUAAAAUUUGAUCAUGAGCUUGAUUGCCUUUUUCUAUAA